UUUUCCUUUACGAAUAAUUUUGUAUUUAAAUAGAAAAAUUCCUGUUUUAUAUGAACAAGUUGAGAAAAUAUGAGAUCAUUUGCAAAUUUUCCACUGUUUAUACCUAGGACUUGAAGGAAUCUUUUAAAGUGGCCAAGAAAGUGAGACAAAGGGAAAGAACAACGUGAGGGCGGCCUAAAUGCUGCUCAAACCCCUCCAGUUCUCAAACCAAGCAGCGUUGCGCGUUACGUUGACUCAUAUGUCAAUGGCUCUUUAUUGGCAAUUUGUUUCCAUGGCUAUUUAUUUUAUUUACCCACAAAGCCACUUGUGCCUUUUUUCUUUAUAUAUUAGUCACUUGGCAAUUUGUUGUCUGCUACAUGUGCCUGAGACAGAGACACUGAGAGACUGUGUUUGAUAGAAAAUAAAGAGCUUGGGAAAAAGAAUGUCAGGGGCUCAGUGCUGCUCAAACCCUCCAGUACUCGAUCCAAGUUGUGGAGCAGGCCAUGUUCAGAAACUUGCUGGCCUCGACACCUAUGUCACUGGCUCACCUGAUUCUAAGCUUGCCAUUCUUCUUGUUUCUGACGUUUUUGGAUAUGAUGCACCAAACUUGAGAUAUCUGGCAGACAAGGCUGCAGCUACUGGAUUCUUCGUGGUGGUUCCCGACUUCUGGCACGGAGAUCCCUAUGUGCCUAAAAAUGCUGAGAGGCCUCUAGAAGGCUUUGAUGUUUGGUUAAAAGAUCAUCGAACGGAUAAGGCAGCCUUGGAAGCAAGAUCAGUAAUUGAGAUAUUGAAAAGCAAAGGUGUUUCUUCAGUUGGGGCUGCAGGCUGCUGUUUGGGCGCUAAGGUUGUUGUUGAACUUGCGAAAACUAACAUUAUCCAAGCUGCUGUGCUGCUACAUCCUACAUAUGUCACAGUGGAAGACAUCAGUGAGGUUAAAGGUCCGAUUACGAUUCUUGGAGCUGAGAUUGACGAGAUUUCUCCACCAGAACUCAUUAAACAAUUUGAGGCUGUCUUAGCAGGAAAAUCUGGGGUGGAAUUCUUUGUGAAGGUAUGUCCAAAAGUUGCUCAUGGAUGGACCAUAAGAUAUGAUGUUGGAGAUGAAGAGGCUGUCAAGAACGCUGAGGAGGCUCAUCAGAUCCUGUUGGAAUGGUUUUGUAAGCAUGUUAAGUGAAGUCGUUCAACAUAGUACUGCAUCAAUGUUGCCAAAGAUGAUAACACCAUGAAACUCAUCAAAACUCCUUACAUAUUUGGAAAUGGUUUGAAUUGAAUAAUAAUACUUGGGACUUUUGUCUACCAUAAUAUGUAUGUACUGAAUUGUUAUGCGGAAUUCAUAAUGGUGUUCAAAC